UCAGGAUCUCAAGCCUGGGACAAUGGUGUGCAUUCCCUGCAUCGUCAUUCUAGUUGUGCUCUGGGUCUACAAAAAGUUCCUGGAACCAUAUAUAUACCCUCUGAUUUCCCCCUUUGUUAGUUGUAUGUGGCCUAGGAAAGCUAUACAAGAAUCCAAUGAUAAAAACAAAGGCAAAAUAGACUGUAAGGGUGCAGACACAAAUGGAUUACCAACAAGAGGACCAACAGAAAUCUCUGAUAAAAAGAAAGACUUAACUCCACAGAUGUAA